GCUGGAUGCUGAUGUUGAACUGGCCAAGCUGGGAGGAAAGAAGAAAAGGAGGGGAGGGGAAAAUCCAGGACAGCCGGCCUAACAAGGCCAAGAAUGCAAUUGCCCCGGUGGUGGGAGCUGGGAGACCCCUGUGCUUGGACAAGGCAGGGUCGGGGGACACGAAGGAUGAGCCCCGCGACCACUGGCACAUUCUUACUGACAGUGUAUACGAUUUUCUCAAAGGUGCACUCUGACUGGAACGUGUACCCGUCCGCAGGUGUCCUGUUUGUCCAUGUUUUGGAAAGAGAAUACUUUAAGGGGGAGUUUCCACCCUACCCGAAACCUGUAUUACUGACGAUUAUAACUGCCUACAAUAGACGCACCUUUGAGACCGCAAGGCAUAAUUUGAUAAUUAAUAUAAUGUCAGCAGAAGACUUCCCAUUGCCAUAUCAAGCAGAAUUCUUCAUUAAAAAUAUGAAUGUGGAAGAAAUGUUAGCCAGUGAGGUUCUCGGAGACUUUCUGGGGGCAGUGAAAAAUGUGUGGCAGCCCGAGCGCCUGAAUGCCAUCAACAUCACGUCAGCCCUGGACAGGGGCGGCAGGGUGCCGCUUCCCAUUAACGACAUGAAGGAGGGUGUUUAUGUCAUGGUUGGUGCCGAUGUCCCUUUUUCUUCUUGUUUGCGAGAAGUUGAAAAUCCACAGAAUCAACUGAGAUGCAGCCAAGAAAUGGAGCCUGUAAUAACCUGUGAUAAAAAGUUCCGUACCCAGUUUUACAUUGACUGGUGCAAGAUUUCACUGGUUGAUAAAACAAAGCAAGUGUCCACCUAUCAGAAAGUGAUCCGCGGAGAGGGGAUUUUGCCUGAUGGUGGGGAGUACAAGCCCCCUUCUGAUACUUUGAAAAGCAGAGACUAUUACACGGAUUUCCUAAUUACACUGGCUGUGCCCUCGGCAGUAGCACUGGUCCUCUUUCUAAUGCUUGCUUAUAUCAUGUGCUGCCGACGGGAAGGAGUGGAAAAGAGAAACAUGCAAACACCAGACAUCCAACUAGUCCAUCACAGCGCUAUUCAGAAGUCUACCAAGGAGCUUCGCGAUAUGUCCAAGAAUAGAGAGAUAGCGUGGCCCCUGUCCACGCUUCCCGUGUUCCACCCGGUGACCGGGGAAAUCCUUCCCCCGCUGCACACGGACUCCUACGACGGCACUAGCAUGCCGCUGAUGCAGACGCAGCAGAACUUGCCGCACCAAACCCAAAUUCCCCAGCAGCAGAGUACAGGUAAAUGGUAUCCCUGAAGAAAGGAAACUGACCACAGCAAUGAAUCUAUAACCAGACAAUACUACAGCGACAUGUGUUUCUUUUCUUUUCAAAAAUGCAUGAAUUCCUCUGGCAUCUGGUGUGCAUGUUGACAGUAUUAAGUACGUACCAAAUAAUACAGCAUAAUUUUCAUUUUGCUAAUGUAUUUCUUUUGUACUUAAAGCAUUUUUGACAAUUUGUAACACAUUGAUGACUUUAUAUUUGUUACAAUAAAAGGUGAUCUUUAAAAUAAAUAUUAAUGAAGCCU